AUGUCUAAGACCAAGUCCGUUACCAAGAAGGGCGCCGACAAGCCCGUCGACAAGGCCUUGAGCAAGGUCAAGGAUGCUGGCGUCACCAAGGCUUCCCAGUCUCCCAAGGCUAAGAGCAAGCAGAUCGCUCGCGAGCUCGCUUCCAAGGAGAAGUCCAAGCGCAAGAAGAAGGAGCCUACUCCUAGCAGCAGCUCCGAGUCUGACAGCGAUGAGGAGAUGGAGUCUACCAGCUCCAGCAGUGAGAGCGAGAGCGAGGAGGAGAAGCCUGCCAAGAAGGAGGUGAAGAAGGUGUCCAAGAAGGCCGAAUCCUCUUCUGAGUCCGAGUCGGAGUCCGACAGCGACGAGGAGAUGGACGACGCUUCCAGCAGCGAGAGUGAGAGUGAGAGCGAGGAUGAGAAGCCUGCCAAGAAGGACGCCAAGAAGGAGUCCAAGAAGGCUGAGUCCUCUGAUUCUGAGUCCGAGUCGGAGUCGGAGUCUGAAGAUGAGAAGGUCGUCAAGAAGGAGGUGAAGGCCAAGGCUGACACUUCCGAGUCCUCUGAGUCCGAGUCCGACUCUGACGAAGAGGAGGAGGCUCCUAAGAAGGCCGCCAAGAAGGAGUCUAGCGACAGCGAGGAUUCCGAGUCCGAGUCCGAGUCUGAGAGCGAGGACGAGGCUCCUGCUAAGGCUAAGAAGGCCGAGAAGGAAUCUUCCGAGGAAUCUGAGGAUUCUGAUGAGUCUGACGACUCCGAGGGCUCUGAUUCUGACUCUUCCGAGUCCGAGUCGGAGAAGCCCUCCAAGAAGCGCAAGGCUGAGGAGGAGCCUGCUGCCGCCCCCAAGAAGUCCAAGAAGACUGAUGAGGAGGCUUCGGGCGCCUCUGCCAACCUCUUUGUUGGUAACCUGUCCUGGAACGUCGACGAGGAGUGGCUCCGCCAGGAGUUCGAGACCUUCGGUGAGCUUUCUGGUGUUCGCAUUGUCACCGACCGUGACUCUGGUCGCUCCCGCGGUUUCGGUUAUGUCGAGUACGUCAGCGCUGCCGACGCUGCCAAGGCUUACAACGCCAAGAAGGACACCGAGAUUGAUGGUCGCAAGAUCAACCUCGACUACGCUACUGGCCGCCCUGCCAACAACAACAACAACAACAACAACCAGGACCGCGCCCAGGCUCGCGCUCGUAACUUCGGUGACCAAGCCAGCCCUGAGAGCGACACCCUGUUUGUCGGCAACAUCCCCUUCAGUGCCAACGAGGACUCCGUCUCCGAGCUCUUCGGUCAGUCGGGUACCAUUGUUGGAAUCCGUCUGCCCACCGACCCCGAGUCGGGCCGCCCCAAGGGCUUCGGUUACGUGCAGUUCUCCUCUGUUGAUGAGGCUCGCCAGGCCUUCAACGACCUCAACGGCGCCGAGCUGAAUGGCCGUCCCGUCCGUCUCGACUUCAGCACUCCCCGUCCCAGCAACGGCGAUGCUCCUCGUGGUGGCCGUGGCGGCUUCGGCGGUCGCGGUGGCCGUGGUGGUCCUCGCGGAGGUGGCCGUGGUGGUCGUGGAGGCUUCGGCGGUCGUGGCGGCGGUGCCCCUAACAAGGCUCGUGGUGGUAUCCCCGAGUACAAGGGCACCAAGGUCACCUUCUAA